AUGGCGUUUGACGGCGCCGAGCGCUGUUGCUUCAACGACACCCUCCACGUCUACACCGGCGACUGGACGGGUCAGGCACUCAUAAAGCUGCAGAAGAACUCGGCGGGCGAGUGGAGCGGCGCUCUGGCGGCCCAACUGAGGGCAAUCGCCGCUCACACGCUCAUGCGUCUCGAGUGGCUGGAGCAGGAGGACUGCCAAAACAACCUCGUCCCGCCGUGGGGAGGGACGGCGGAGCUAGUCUACUACUGCGUCCGACUCGACAACUCGACCGUCCCCCUCGCGCGCUUCUUGAACCACUGGAGGAUGAGUCACUGGAAGCUCCCACCAGAGCAGCGGGGCCAUUGGACCACCACCUCGUUCAUCGAGUCGGACUUCGCCGCCCUUCUGCCCGUCUACUACGACAGCAGCGACUAUGGCAUCUUCCAAUUCCUUGCGCCCUUCUCCCGCGACCUGUGGAUCGCACUCGGCGUAGCCUUUUUGGUGGUGGGGACUGUCAUGCCGCUCACACUGCGCGAUCCGAGAACAUACGAGACUCGCGUUCAUGGCGGAUUCUUCUUUGCGUCGCCGUCCCAGCGCGGCCUGCUCCUCUACCACUCCGUCUCGGAGCUGCUAGGCAAUACCGAGCUGGAGUGGACGACAAACAUCUCCUCCCGCGUUGGGUGGCUCUUCUUCAUCUUUGUCACCGCGGCCUCCUACACCGCCAACCUCGCUGCCUUCUUCACCGCGUCGGGGCGAACCGUCCAGGGCCCGAAGACAAUGCCGGAGCUGCGAUCUGAGGUGGCGUGUCAGCCGAAGUUCACCAACCACGCGCGCGAUCAGGCGGCGUUAGACAAGCGAUUCUCGGUCAACGUCACCAUGCGCGGCGUGAUCGCUGCCUUCAUGCCCAUCGACUUUGACGGGAAGCCGCCUGGAUCAGAGGAGAGGCAAGCCAUAUACAGCGUGCCGGUCGCGGAUAGAGUCUCGAUCUGUGCCGACAAGGUGCGGGAGGGCCAUGCGUCCCUCAUACUGUGGGAGCGCACCGAGCUGGCGUCUUGGUUGUACGACCACCGACAUCCGGAGCGGUGCCGCGACUGGGAGUUCUCCCCUGGCGUGCAGAUGGCCAAGAGCAACCCCGCUCAGACCUUUCUCGCCGUAAACAAGUCGGUCGGCUGGCCCCUCUUCUCCGCCGUGCAGCACUGCCUCGCCUGGCUCCGGCAAAGCUCGCCGGUCGAGGUGACGGAGGCCAUCGCAGAGCGCGAGCUGAAGCGCGGCGCAUCGUGCCCGACUCCAACGACACAGGUAUUACCUACCAUCAACUUCAAGGACCAAGAGGGGCUGUUCGUCGUCUUUGGGAGCUGCGUCGGGAUCGCCGUCCUCAUCAGCCUUUCUGAGGCGUACGUGCUGCAGCGCAAGAAACGGGCGUCGGCGAAUGAGGCGAGAGCGGCCACCAAAAUCCAGCGGAUCGUGCGGGGCAAGGCCGGGAGGACGUUCUCGAACGACAUCAAGACGGGGCCAGUGGCGCGUGGGCGUGCAGAUCUCAAGAGCCGCGGCGUCAUGACAGACACGGAGUUGCUGCGCGAGCUGCUGAACGAUUUUGGUUCGUUUGAGAGCGGACUUGCGCGCGUCGAGAAUCUAGUGGAGAGCCUCGCGGCACCGAGUCUCGCGAGCACGUCGGGCUGGAGCAGCGGCGCGGCAGCUCAUCCAACGUCCAAGGGCACGGAGGUCAGGAGCGAGACGACGCGCUUCCGGAUGCACGGCUCAUCACGUCCUGGUGCGAGACAAAUGCCGCGCCUUGCGCUGCGUCGCGGUAGCCAUGGCGCCUAUGAGGCCUAG